UUGAGUGUCAGCAGCAUGAAGGAGAGCAGAGCUGCAGGACAGAGUGCUGCUGCUGCUGCUGCUGCUGAGCCUCAGAGGAGCCUACAAAGUUCUGGUUUCACAUCUGCCGAGUCAAAGUGUUGACAUGUUUGACAACUCUCACUACCCCUUCAACUGCUUCAACUACGACGGGGACGGAUACCCGUCUUCCAGCACUGACGAGGAGAAGAAAAUGUGUCGACCUGCAUACAGCUACAUUGCCCUGAUAGCCAUGGCCAUCCAGCAGAGCCCGGAGCAGCGGGUCACUCUGUCGGGCAUCUAUGAGUUCAUCAUGAAGAGGUUCCCUUAUUACCGGUCCAACCAGAGAGCCUGGCAGAACUCCAUCAGACACAACUUGUCUCUAAACAGCUGUUUCAUUAAGGUCCCACGGACAGAGGGCAACGAGAAGGGGAAAGGGAACUACUGGACUUUUGCCACAGGUUGUGAGUCCAUGCUCGACCUGUUUGAAAACGGCAACUUUCGUCGACGCAGGCGGAGGAGGAACAUGAAAAUCGGGCUCCGCGACUCAGGAGAGGCCCCUUUUCACCCCGCGGAGGGCCACCGACACCAGCGAGCGACCUCCCCCCUCUGCCGCUUGACCCCUGAGAGGCCGAGGUCCAGCCCCCGACAGAACCACCUCAUCCCUACUUCCAGCCAGCCGAGGAAACCGGAGUCAGAGAUCAAGUUCAGCAUCGACUACAUCCUGUCCACCCCGGAUCCUCCACCGUCUGGGUUCAGUUCGUCCCACGGUCCAGUACGCGUGCUGCCCGCUGGGCCGCCGGCUCACGUUCUGGAGCCUCAGCAGCUGAACCUGCACUUCUGGACUCUUUGAAAGAAACAGAUAAUCCAAAACCGAACUUGUUUCUUCUCAGCGGUCAAAACCAGGACCUCCGAGGAGAUUAAAGGAGGAGAACUGCACUGAAGGUAUUUCCCUGAACUUGAAAGUGUAACUAGAGGAUUAGACAGGAAGCUUCCCGUCUCAUACAUUUGAACAGACUUUAAGAAGAUAAAAAUUAUUCAACAUUUAAAAGUGACCCCCCCCCCCCAAAAAAAAGAACAAUAAUAAGCUCAGUAAGGAAACUGUGUGUUGUUCCUUUUGUGAAGUGUUUUGUGCUGACAGACUAUAAACUACUCUGAAAAUGUAUUUACACAAAAUCAUAAGCACAACUGUGACUGUUGAUAUUUGAUUUUACCAUGUGCCAAAAAAACCUUUUCAAAAAAAAUCACUAAGCAGAGAUGUUUUAUUUUUAUUUUUACAUUGUAUCAUCUCAGAGAUUUAAUAAUGUCUUCAUAAAAUACGAAGAAAAAAACUUGUAUUGCCUUAUAAAUUAAAUAACAUUAAUCAUCA